AUUUCGGCCCAAUUGACGCAGCGGACAGUCGGGAGCAUGGCCGGCUCAUUCCAGCCCCAGAACAUCUCCCUCCAGGACCCCCAGCAGUAUCCCCAGUUCGCCCACGUCCCUCAGACCGUCAAGAAUCUUCCCCCAAAGGAGAGGCUCCAGCUUGCUAUCAAUCGCAUAACAGAACUCAAACGGCAGGGCUUCACGCCGGAGACCAACCCUGAGAUUAUCACUUUGCAAAAGUUCAUAAACACCGCACUCAGCAAGGGCAAUUUCGACCCCACCCAGCUUCAUGCCAUCGACGGUCAGCAAGCUAUCAAUGGCCACGCUCAGCCUCUACAGAACGGCGUCCCUCUCAAUGGCCAGUCCAUCACAUCUGGCCCCGUUCCCUCCCAGCCCGUACCCCCGCCAUCUUCCACUCCCGUCUCCUUCACACAUGACCAAAUCAACGCCCUUCGCGCCCAGAUAAUGGCAUUCAAACUCAUCUCCCGCGGCCAACCCGUCCCGGACCAGCUUCAGCAGGCCAUCCGCGUGCAGAACGCCUCGGUCCCAGAACUUGACAAGCUCCUCCAGAACCCCGACCUCAGCGCUCGUAUCCUUGAUUCAGCCGUCAAAGUUCAGAAGGGCGUCGUUCCACCAGGUACUUCUCCCGUUCCUACGCAGGAUCACUCCGCUGUAGCUGCUGCAGCUGCAGGUGCCGUCAAGGACGAAGACCCUGCCGCCCCGUCGUUUGUCAACGGAGAGCUCUCAAAAACUCAGCUGCUCGAAGACGACUCGAAAACGGGCGUUUAUCCAUACAAUGCCCUCCGCUACCCUUUCACUCACCUCCAACGCCCGAAAGACCUUGAUCCCUCGCUCUUUGCUUCGCGUCUACAACGCCUUCUUAUACCCUCGAUCACUCCCGCCGGCCUCGAUGUUCAUCAUGUUAUCAACGAACGUGACAGGUUUAUCGAAGCACGCAUACAGCAGCGAAUCGGCGAGCUUGAGUCUUUGCCCGCUACUAUGGGCGAGGGCGGCUUCGAUUCCAUGACCGACGACAUACUCAACGGAUCGAAUGAAUCCGAGAACGAGCCACCCAAGACGGUACACCCGCCCGUGGACGAGAACGCGAAGCUGCAGGCACUCAUCGAACUCAAGAAACUCCGGCUGCUUGAGAAGCAACGUGCACUUCGAGCAUCCGUUGCCGAGCGUCUUAUCCAAGGAACUCUUCUCCCCUUCAACCGCGCUGACUUCCGUCGCAAUCGUCGCCCAACUCUUCGUGAUGUGCAACAAACAGAACAGCUGGAGCGCCGGCAGCGAGUAGAUCGUGAGCGUCGUGCGAAGCACAAGCACGUUGAGCAGCUCGGCGUCAUCUGUGCUCACGGUCGUGAGGUGGUCGCGGUCAAUCGCAGUGCUCAAGACCGUGUGCUGCGCCUUGGCCGCGCCGUUCUGAGCUUGCAUGCGGUAACGGAGAAGGAAGAGCAGAAGCGCAUCGAGAGGAUCUCCAAGGAGCGUCUCAAGGCUCUCAAGGCGGACGAUGAAGAGACAUACAUGAAGCUCAUCGACUCCGCCAAGGAUACCCGUAUCACCCACCUGCUCAGACAAACGGACGCGUAUCUCGACUCUCUCGCCCAGGCUGUCGUCGCCCAGCAGAACGAAGCCGGUGUUCCUCCCAGCGAAGGUCCUGUUUCUGAUGAACCAACGAACGAGGCCACUUUUGGCGCCCAAGUCGAUGCCGACGCUGUCGACGAUAAAGGCAAGGUCGAUUACUAUGCAGUUGCCCACCGUAUUUCGGAGAGGAUCACGAAGCAGCCUGGUAUUCUUAUCGGCGGCACGCUCAAGGACUAUCAAAUCAAAGGUCUCCAGUGGAUGGUCAGCUUGUAUAACAACAAGCUGAAUGGUAUCCUCGCAGACGAGAUGGGCUUGGGUAAAACUAUUCAAACCAUCGCACUUGUGACCUUCCUCAUCGAGGUGAAGAAGCAGCGCGGCCCCUACCUUGUCAUUGUUCCCUUGUCCACCAUGACCAACUGGUCUGGCGAAUUCGCCAAGUGGGCCCCGGAUGUCAAUAUGAUCUCAUACAAGGGUAACCCGGCGCAGCGACGGGCACUUCAGAAUGACCUUCGCAUGGGCCAAUUUCAAGUCCUCCUGACGACAUAUGAGUACAUCAUCAAGGAUCGUCCUAUUCUCAGUAAGAUGAAGUGGGUGCACAUGAUCAUUGAUGAGGGUCAUCGCAUGAAGAACACACAGAGCAAGUUGUCUCAGACCCUCACACAGUACUAUCACUCCCGUUAUCGUCUUAUUCUCACCGGCACUCCACUACAAAAUAACCUUCCCGAGCUGUGGUCACUGUUGAAUUUCGUCUUACCCAAGAUUUUCAACUCUGUCAAGUCAUUCGACGAGUGGUUCAACACACCCUUCGCCAACUCUGGGACAGGGGACAAAAUCGAGCUGAACGAAGAAGAAGCUCUUCUCAUCAUUCGCCGUCUGCACAAAGUCCUUCGCCCCUUCCUGCUUCGUCGUCUCAAGAAGGACGUCGAGAGUGAGCUGCCCGAUAAGGUGGAGAAGGUGAUCAAGAUCCGCAUGAGUGGCCUGCAGAGCCAACUCUACAGACAAAUGAAGAAGUUCAAGAUGAUUGCUGAUGGUAACGAGUCCAAGGGGAAAUCCGGCGGAGUCAAGGGUCUCAGUAACGAGCUCAUGCAGCUCCGGAAGAUCUGUCAGCACCCCUUCCUGUUCGAGAGCGUCGAGGAUAAGGUCAACCCCUCCGGCAUGAUCGACGACAAACUCAUUCGGUCGUCUGGCAAACUCGAGCUCCUCUCUCGCGUUCUUCCCAAGUUCUUCCAUACAGGUCACAGAGUCCUCAUCUUCUUCCAGAUGACGAAGGUUAUGGACAUCAUGGAGGACUUCCUGAAGUUCAUGCACUGGAAGUAUCUUCGCCUCGACGGUGGUACCAAGACCGAAGAACGAGCUGAGUAUGUGCGCUUGUUCAAUGCCAAGGACUCCGAGAUCCAAGUCUUCAUUCUCUCCACUCGCGCCGGAGGUCUAGGCUUAAACUUGCAAACCGCCGAUACCGUCAUCAUCUUCGAUUCCGAUUGGAACCCCCACGCCGAUCUUCAAGCCCAGGAUCGUGCGCAUCGUAUUGGCCAGACGAAAGCCGUACGCAUUCUUCGUUUCAUCACGGAGAAGAGUGUGGAGGAAGCCAUGUACGCAAGGGCACGGUUCAAGCUUGACAUUGACGACAAGGUCAUUCAAGCUGGUCGUUUCGAUAACAAGUCUACGCAGGAGGAGCAAGAGGAGUUCCUCCGUUCCAUUCUUGAAGCCGACCAGGACGAGGAAAACGAAGAGGCCGGUGAUAUGAACGACGACGAACUGAAUGAAAUUCUCGCCCGCAGUGACGAAGAAGUUGUCAUCUUCCGCGACAUGGACCAAAAGCGUGAGCGUGAUGCCUUGCAAGAGUGGCGUAACAAGGGCGGACGCGGCAAGCCACCGAUGCCUCUCAUGCAGGUCGAAGAGCUUCCAGACUGCUACCAGACCGAUGAGCCUUUCAUGCCCAAAGAGCUGGAAGAUGUUGUUGAAGGCCGUGGUCAACGCCGGCGCAAUGUCGUCAGCUACAACGACGGUCUUUCUGACGAGCAGUGGGCAAUGGCCAUCGAAGAUGGCGAGGAUCUGGAAGAGCUCGUUGACCGCGCCCGUGGUCGGAAGGAGCGGAGGGCAGCCAACAAGCUUAUUAAGGAUACCGAGGUUUCCGGUCGCGGCACGCCAGCUUCAGACAGUGGCCGAGGACGGCUCAAGAAGGGCAAAAGCAAGGCCGAAUUCGGCACGCCUGUACCCAACAGCAAGCGCAAGCGAGGCAUGAAGUCGAUGUCUGCCACGCCGUCCGUCAACGGAGACGAGGAUGACGAGGAUCGUGGGGACAGCAAGAGGCGGAAGACGAAGGGUCCUGAGCUCUCUGCUGGCGUCAAGGACAAGAUGAAGAAGGCCUUCAACGAAUGCUUCAAGGCCGUUUCCGCGUGCGCCGACGAUACUGGGCGGAAACGAUGCGAGCUUUUCAAGGACCCGCCGGACAGACGGGAUUACCCAGACUACUACCAACUCAUAUCACAGCCCAUGGCACUCUCGAUCCUGCGCAAGCGGAUCAACUCCAACUACUACAAGAGCAUCACCCAGUUCAAAGCCGACUGGUCGCUCAUGUUCAACAAUGCGAGGACGUACAACCAAGAAGGAUCCUGGGUCUACAUUGAUGCGAACGAGAUGGAGAAGGUGUUUGAUGCCGCUCUGGAGAGGACGACCGCAGGUUCGGGUCUGCCUGGUGCAGCACCCUCAGCUGCAGACUCGGCCAGCGGCUCUUUUGACGGAGCGCUCACGCCAAUGGACGAGGACGAUAAGCCCGUGCGGUCUCGCGGUCGCAGUUCGACGCGAAAGCAGGUCAUCAGCGACGAUGAGUAUUUGACGCCGAGCGAUGAGGAGUAGACGUGAUGAUGGACUUUUUCUUCUGUUGUUAUGAUUGUGUAGUACUUCCGUGCUAAUGUAUAAUAUACACUGGGCUUAGGCAACAUUUAGACGCACUCUGAGCUGGAAAGACCAAAGGGAAAGCAAGACCCGAUAUAAAUCGUUCCAAUGCGGAGCUCAUGGUGAAUUAAUGGUGGCAAAGGAGGUGAAAAGAUACCAAUACAUAGGAACCCGAGCGGGAAAGGUGGUACUCUAGAAGGAAACGUGAUAUGUAUGUAAAGGUAGUAUGGAUACGUGCAUGCAGAUGCUUGUGAAAACAAAAAAUACAGCCGGGUGUAAGAGAAGCUAGUUGGCUUCCUGCUGCUGGGACUUUGCCUUGAACGUCUCAAGGAUAUGGUGUACACCAGACGGUUCGAGGACAACCUUGGUACCGUCACAUCUGGCCUUCUUGGUGAACUCGGUACAAAGCUGAUUGAUAUCCGCAUCCUGAAACAAGGAUGCGAAGUGAUACUACGCCACGCCUUGAGCACUUCAAUGUUCUGUUCGCUCUGCUCGGUACGGGGAAAUGCUGUCCCUUCGCAGUUGACGAAAUUGCCUUCGAUCGUGUCCACAAUCUUGCGCAGCAUCGGUGACGACGCUGCUGCUGCUGAUGCAACUGCAAAAGGUGAAUCGCCUCCAAUUGGUGGAGGACCGGCGUUGGAUGAGAAGGGCGACUGACCACCUUCGGCGAUUUUACGUGACAUGACUUCCCUUGUGAACGCGUUUGAGUUUGUUAAACAAUUAGCUCCGUUCUGCCGCUGAGACUGAGACUGUUCUUCGGAAGCCGACGGAGGACUGUCGCUUGGCUGGGACAUCCCCCAGCUGAACGGACUCUGGGAAUUCGACGUACUGGACUGCGAGGCAGGCGACGAAGACUGGUUGUUGGUCACCCCGUUAACCAUUUGCGAAGAAGAAGUAGAACUGCCUCCAGUGCUGUUGUUGCGCGCGGCAUGGGAGACGGGUGACAUCGAUGGUGUCUUGACGAGGGCAUUGAAGUCAAGCGGAGAGUGACCACCAAGCAUACUCCCUCCAAACAGUUCGUCUAAGCUCGUGCUGUGUGGAAAUUCGUGUGACUGUGGUGGCGAAUUGGUGAAAGUAGGUGGCGAUUGAGUGGUCCAAGCAUGUGGUGACAAGGAAAAGCUGAAGUUAAAAGGGUCCAUCACGUUACUGUUGGUUGUAGCAGAGCUGGUGGACGGGUCGGGACUCAUCAAGUCCAUACUUGGAUCAGGCGUCUCGGCAAACGACAUGAACAAUGGGUUGUUCGCAAUCGUCUUAUACUGGUCGCGGGAGGGAAGAGCAUACUGGCCGUAUGGCGAGUUAUCAACUUGCAUGCUACUGUUGGCGUUAUUUGCCAAGGCCCCGUUGCUAUCUGAUGGAACAUCGUCGAUUAUACUGAGCAUAUUGGAGUCGAAGGUGGUGAGCGAGUUCCAGUCAAUAUCGCCGUUGGCAUUCGAAGACUGGGGCUGGUCGACUGACUGCGACGGCAUGGUGAGAGAAGUGUUAUCAAUCGAAGACGGCAUUGGGCUGAAGAAGUUGAAUGGCAGCUGUCCUGAUGGCUUGGAAGGGCCGGCAACAGCGUUGGACUGUUCUGACGGUUUAGGUACCGUAAAAGUAAACUGGGCUUGUUUGAGCUGCAGGUUCUCCUGCUGAAGGCGGUUCAGUAGAUCCUUGAGAUUUUCGUUCUCUGCUGACUGUUCGUCGUUCUUUGCUUCAAGAGCUGCAACCUUAUCUUCAAGCUAGUUGGGCCAGGAUCAGACAGGCACGAGCAUGCACGGCAUGGAUGUGUCUCACGUCUUUGACAUGCUUCUCUUUUCGUUCUCGGAACGCUCUCUGGGC